AUGAAAAGUCCUCACUACUGGAAGCAGGCAUCCUUCGACCUUUAUGCAGACCAAGGGGAUGCAAAGCGUGAUCAGCUCACCAAGCCCAGAGGAAUGCCUAGUAUGCUGUUGACUAAUGCAAGGUCCCUUGUUCACAAAAGGGAUGAACUCAGUCUUGUUCUCUCAGCGAACAAUACGGACAUUGCGACUGUUACAGAAACCUGGUUUUCUUCCAACCUACCUGAGGAAUCGACGAUCAUCGACGGUUACUGUCUGUAUCGCAAGGAUCGGAAAACCAGAAGGGGCGGAGGAGUCGCUGUCUACAUCAAAACAGGUAUAAAGGCAACUCCUGUCAACAUCUCGACACCUGAUGACAUUGAAUGUAUGUGGAUACAGCUCGAACCACACUGGACUCCAAGAGCCAUCCCCAGCCUUUUCUUGGGAGCACUUUAUCACCCUCCUUGGGCAAACGAACCUCACCUGCAAACCGCAACUAAUCAAUACCUGAUCAACUCCUUGGAUGAAAUUCGCCGAAAACAUCCACACGCAGGUAUCAUUCUGUGUGGCGAUUUCAACAAGCUUCCACUGAACCCACUGCUGACCAGUCACCCCGAGUUGAAACAGGUAGUGUCAAUGUCCACCCGCGCCGACAGUGUGCUGGAUCUAAUCAUUACAAAUGUCCACAACCAAUAUCAGACACCGACUACCAUAGCACCCCUCGGAGCAAGUGAUCACAACUGUGUGAUUUGGAAACCCCAAAUCCAUCAAAACCACUGUGAGCCCUCCAGAACCAGGCACCGCCUGGUAACACAGGAGAGAAAGGACGCUCUAGGACUGUGCAUGGCGAUCACGGACUGGUCCAGUGUGUACAGCGCAAGCACAGUGGAGGACAAGGUCACCACCUUCUACGACAUCAUUCAAACCAUGCUCGACACCUGCAUACCAUUCAGGAGGAAGAAGACCAGAAACGUUGACAAGUACUGGAUGACCGACACAAUCAAAUCGGCACUUCAAAAAAGACAAGCAGUCUACCUGAAGUAUGGCAAAACAGAGCGCUGGAAGAAACUCCGGAACCAUGUACAGACUCUUAUCAGGAAGCAAAAACGAUUUUACUACAACAGGUGCAUUGGAUCGCUGAAAAAGCAAAAUCCCCGGGACUGGUGGAAUUUUGUAAACAACGAACUAGGCCGCACUCAGAGAUCAAAACGAAAGGUCACUCUCACCAACAUCCCAGAGAAACAAGUAGCAGAUCACCUAAACAACUUCUUCGGGGAGGCGAUGUCAGUUAGCAACACCUUUGCUCUGUUCCCACUCCCACCCACUGAUGACUCCUACGAUCUCUGCAGCAUUGGCCAAGUAAAGACAUUGUUAAAAAAUCUAAACCCAAGGCAAGCCUGUGGUCCCGAUGGUGUACCAAACUGGGUUCUGAGCCAGUUCUGUGAGGACCUCAGUCCGGUCAUCUGUCAUCUGAUGAACACAUCGUACAACACGGGCAUCAUGCCGUCUGCGUGGAAAACUGCAAACAUCUGUCCCGUACCCAAAACAACACACCCUACGUGCAAGAAGGACUGGAGGCCGAUCUCUCUGAUCUCUACACUGGGAAAGGUGCAGGAACGUCUCGUGCUAAACAAACUCUUCCCCAUAAUGAAACCAUGGAUCAAGGAUCAGUUUGCAUAUAUGCCUAAAUCGUCAACCACUGCUGCACUGCUAAAGGCAUACCAGUCCUGGGUCACUAGUCUUGACAACAAGCAGACAUCAGUGGUGCGCGUGUUACUUGCAGAUAUGUCAAAGGCUUUUGACAAAGUAGACCAUGGGAUUCUUCUACAGCACCUUGCUACACGCGGUAUCCCUGUUCAAAUGUUGACUUGGAUCAACAGUUAUCUGUCUGGCAGGAAACAGCGUGUCGCCGCCAACGGUGAAUUCAGCAGCUGGCACGACGUCACUUCCGGUGUACCCCAGGGGGGAGUCUUGUCACCUUACCUAUUCCUGGUGUAUAUGUCCUCUCGAACUGUCAAACACGAAACGACCACCAACAUCGGUUAUGCUGAUGACAUUGGAUUGUCUCGUUGCAUCCCCUGUAUCACUGCUGAAUCCGACACCACCAUGCAGGAAGAGGCUACCCACCUGGACUCAUGGGCAACACAAAACAACAUGACCAUGAAUGGCGACAAAUCGUACGAGCUCAGGAUAUGUUUCGCCAGAAUACCACCUGACCUCCCUCCACUUACUCUAGGAGGAAAGGAGGUAGCAGUCGUUGCAUGUGCUCCCUACCUCGGUUUCAAGAUCAGUUCCAACCUUAAGUAUGACAGCCACAUUUCUCACGUGACGGGAAAAGGCUCUCAACGCUUGCACUUCCUACGUCUUCUUGCCAAAGGUGGUAUGCCUGCUGAGGAUUUAACAACAGUGUACACAACCCUCAUCAGACCGGUACUGGAAUAUGCAAACGUUGUGUACGUUGGGUGCACCAUCUCACAGUCAAACACCCUCGAGGCAGUACAGAAAAGAGCCAUGAGGAUCAUUCACCGAAACAGUGAUGCCUCCUGCACGACUACCCUCCUGCCAACUCUCCGGUCCAGGCGUGAAGAAGCAGCAGUGACACUUCUAAACCAGAUGCGCGCCAGUGACCAUCCACUACACUACAUGGUUACGGGGAACAGCAACGUCAAGUCAGAGGAGACCCGACGGACACGCUACGUGUGCUCCAAGGAUUAA